UAAACUUGAAAUCCAACAACGCGACAUCCAUAAGACACAUCACACAAAAACAUGGCAGAAACAAUGCGCUCCCUCUUCGCAAACGAUUCGUCCAUAGCCCGCGCACUAGACGGUGAUGAUGAGAAUGACGAUCUUCGCUCAGAAGACAGCGCAGGCUCAAGUGACCUGCGUGAACAACAUGACACCACCGCCUCCCUCACCAGUAGUAGUAGUUCAACCGCUGUUCAAGGCUCCAUCACCACACAAAUGCAAACAACAGGUCGACAUCCAACUGGAACGUAUAAUACAGGUCCUAAAGGUGUUCGUGCGGAUGCGAGCGCGUUUAAGCAAGCAGCGAGUGAUGCGCAUGCCGGUAAACAACUCUUGUAUAAUGCAAGUUUAGCGAAACGUGCCAUGACCACAACGACCUGGUCUGAAGAUCAACAGGAAGCGGAUUUACGAGAACGAUGGGUAGAGAUGCGUCUUAAGGAAUUGUCAAAGCAAAAGAGUGGAGGGAAUGGUGAUGUAAAUGAAGAAUCAACGUCUGCUGCAACAGCCAAUGUCAUGCGGCGUGUCGAUGCAGAUGGGUUUUUGAGUACCGUUGAGCGUGAACGACGCGUCUGUGUGGUCGUGACGGAUGAACAAGCAUCUGCAGAAACCCAAGAGAUGCUGGCCAUUAUGCGGAAUAUUGCAAAACGGCACGGCAAGCAAGCUGUACAACUCACAAAGACACCCACACAGCCAGUCACCUUUAUUCAACUUAGUGCGCAAGAAGCAGAACUGGAUGUCGUGGCAGUACCGGCCGUGCUUGGCUAUACGGAUGGUCAGCUGGAAGCAAACUUGAUGCGUGUUGCUGAGGAACGAGCACCAGGGACUCGCGUUUCAGAAGCGUCCAUGGAACAAGUCUUGCAAAAGUAUGGCAUCGUGGGUGUGCCUGCCCUGCGCGGACAGGCCCUCUCUGACGAGGAUGAGGAGGAUGACUGAAAUGGACAAUGAACAAUGACGAUCUUGCUAAUGAUUUGAUUGAGGC